ACCCAAAACCAAAACCAAAACCCCUCUCCAUCUCUCUCUCUCUCCCUCUCACCAAAUCAAAGCAGCCAUGGAAGCCAUACUCAGAGACUGUGUUCAGCACAGUCUUCGCGAUUUCAUGUACCGAAACGCCAUUUUCCUCUGCGAAAGACUCUGUGCCGAGUACCCAUCCGAGACAAAUUUACAAUUGUUAGCUGGCUGUUACUUGCAAAGCAAUCAAGCUUAUGCUGCUUAUCAUAUUUUAAAGGGAACACAAGUGGCUCAAUCCCGCUACUUGUUUGCAAUAUCAUGCUUUCAGAUGGAUCUUCUUAGUGAAGCAGAAGCAGCAUUAUGUCCUGUUAAUGAGCCUAGUGCAGAGGUUCCAAAUGGUGCAGCUGGUCAUUACCUUCUGGGGCUUAUUUACAGGUAUACUGAUAGAAGGAAAAGUGCCAUCCAUCACUUCAAACAGGCUUUGACUGUAGAUCCUUCUAUGUGGGCUGCAUAUGAAGAACUGUGCGUGCUAGGUUCCGCUGAAGAAGCAGCUGUAGUUUUUGGUGAAGCUGCUUCUCUUUCCAUACAAAAGCAGCAUCUACAUCAUGGAUUAGCUUCACAAAGUUUACUUACCUUAAAUGAGGACUGUAAUUUAGUUUCUGGUAGGAACUUUAGCUCGGAAGAUGUUAGUCAGAGACAAUUCAAGCACAUGCAAGGAAAUAACAUAAGAGAUGUGUCUGGAAAUUCUCAUGUUAUUUUGGGAGGAGCUUCUGGUCAGCCUGUGAAUGGCAGUUCUAGCCUAUCUUUCUAUAACACUCCUUCACCAAUGCCCAUGCAGUUGUCAGGUGUUGCUCCACCAGCUCUGUGUAGAAUGGUACAGCCAAAUGGCCCAAAUAUGAGCACAGGUACUGAUAGCUCUCCGAGGUCAACUUUAAACUCUACCAUUCAAGCCCCUAGAAGAAAGUUUGUUGAUGAAGGAAAACUGCGGAAGAUUUCAAGCAGGUUGUCUUUUGAUUCUGGCAACCGACGGAGCAAUAGACUUGCUGCCGAAGCAGGGGCUAACACUAAUGCAAGUGCCUCAAUGACAGCUGGAAAUGGAACUAUCAAUUCAUCUAAAUAUCUUGGAAGUUCCAAGCUGAGCUCUGUGGCACGUUCCUUGGCAAAUCGUAAGGGACAGCCAUGGGCCAAUGAAAAUAUUGAUGAAGGGAUGCGCAAUGAGACAUUCGAUGAUUCCCGUUCAAAUACUGCAGCAGUAGCUUCUGGUUUUACUCCCUCUAGUGAUAACAGAUAUCUUGAACAAGAAGGAACAACCUUGUCAGGUAGUGGGGGUAUUAUGAAUGUUUCAAGAGUUGUCACUGGUGCUUCAGAAAUAUUGAGCCUUCUAAGAACCCUUGGGGAGGGCUAUAGACUUUCCUGCUUGUACAGAUGUCAGGAUGCACUGGAUGUCUAUCUCAAACUUCCAUACAAGCAUUACAACACAGGCUGGGUACUUUCCCAGGUUGGAAAAGCUUAUUGUGAACUGCUAGAAUAUGCAGAAGCUGAUCGAGCCUUCAGUCUUGCCCGUCAAGCAUCACCUUACAGUUUAGAAGGAAUGGAUAUAUAUUCCACAGUUCUCUAUCAUGUGAAGGAAGACAUGAAGUUAAGUUACCUGGCUCAGGAACUGAUAGCAACCGACCGCUUAGCUCCUCAAUCUUGGGUUGCGAUGGGAAAUUGUUAUAGCUUGCAGAAAGACCAUGAAACUGCUCUCAAGAAUUUCCAGCGAGCUGUUCAACUUAAUUCAAGAUUCACAUAUGCACAUACCCUUUGUGGUCAUGAAUAUGUAGCUCUAGAGGAUUUUGAGAAUGGAAUAAAGAGCUAUCAGAGUGCACUUCGUGUUGAUGCAAGGCAUUAUAACUCCUGGUAUGGACUUGGAAUGGUAUAUCAUCGCCAAGAGAAGUUUGAGUUCGCCGAGCAUCACUUCCGGACGGCUUUCCAAAUAAAUCCUCGUUCUUCUAUUAUUAUGACUUACCUUGGCCAAGCAUUGCAUGCUUUAAAGAGAAGUGAAGAAGCGUUAGUGAUAAUGGACAAGGCUAUUAUAGCAGAUAAGAAGAAUCCACUUCCCAUGUAUCAGAAGGCUAACAUACUAAUGAGUUUAGAAAGAUUUGAUGAAGCUUUAGCAGUGUUAGAGGAGGUUAAAGAAUAUUCUCCUCGUGAAAGCAGCGUGUAUGCGUUGAUGGGUAAGAUCUAUAAGCGACGUAACAUGCAUGAGAAAGCAAUGCUUCAUUUUGGUUUUGCCUUGGAUUUGAAGCCAUCAGCAACCGAUGUUGCUACCAUUAAGGCUGCCAUUGAGAAGUUACAUGUACCAGAUGAAGAUGACGACGUGUAGAUCUACGAAUGAGAAGUCACUUGUUUUUGAAUUUUAGCGGCUGAGAAGAUUUGGCCCCGAGUAGUGGUCUGCUUGUGCUUUCGAAGGUGUAUGAAUAGCCUAGUUCAUGAGACUCUGCUGUUUGGUCGGGCACCACAUCCAGUCUGCAUAUUAUAGAAACUGACCUCAGUUUUGUAGGUGAUUCACAUACAGAGGGCAUGAAGUGACACAAGCUAAUAGCGGCCAUACUUGUACGGGUAGUUGUAUCAUGAUGUUGAGAAAAAACUUAUUGUAUGAUUAACUUGAACUAUAAUGUUUAUAAUUGUAAUUUGCUUGGCUCUGACACAAAUUGUAAAAAUUCAUAAUUAAUUUGCACUAUUAUCCAUUAAUACGAGUUUCCACUUUCUUCAUCGGUCAA